AAGGGGCCGCCGCCCAAACACUAGCUGACAUUAUAUCCAGUGGCUCACCUUUUCGCCUGUUUCUGGUCACGCGGCGCAUUACUUUAGCACCGACGAGACUACUAUCAACUGGCUGAGCACGGCGUUCAUGUUCUCGUUUGUCUUCAUCAUGCCCCUGGUUAUCUACGUGCUACACCUCGGCCCGAAGCCGUCCAUAGUCACGGCCGCGGCGCUCAUCCUGGCCGGGAACUGGGUCCGAUACAUCGGCUGCCGUGCCGGCGCAAGAUUUGGUCUUGUUAUGUUCGGCCAGAUCUUGACAGGCCUCGCCCAGCCCUUUGUUCUCGCUGCGCCGACCCGUUACUCGGACCUCUGGUUCACGAACCGUGGCCGCGUGGGUGCCACCGCCCUGACUACCCUCGCCAACCCCUUUGGUGCAGCCCUGGGCCAGCUCAUUGUGCCCUUCUGGGUAAACGCUCCCGGCGAUAUACCGUCCAUGGUGCUGUGGGUGUCUCUGAUUUCGACCGUUUCCGCGCUCCCCUCCUUUUUCAUCCCGGCCGCGCCGCCAACACCCGUUGCGCCCUCAGCCGUGACGCCUAAGCUUGGGCUCGGCGCCUCGGCACGGAUUCUCUUCGGCCAGGUCGAGUUCUGGCUGCUGUUCGUGCCGUUCGCCGUCUAUGUCGGCUUCUUCAACAGCGUGUCGUCGCUGAUCAACCAGAUCAUGGAGCCCCACGGCUACUCGGACGAGGAGGCGGGCAUUGCCGGCGCGCUGCUCAUCGUGGUCGGCCUCGUGACCUCGGCCGUCACCUCGCCCAUCAUCGACCGCACCAAGGCGUUUCUCCCCGCCAUCCGCAUCGCCGCUCCGCUCAUCGCCCUCUCGUAUUUGGUCUUCAUCUGGAUGCCCACCACCCGCGACGCCGCUGGCGUCGCCGGCCCCUACGUCGUCCUCUCCGUCCUCGGCGCCGCCUCCUUCUCCAUGGUCCCCGUCGUCAUCGAGUAUCUCGUUGAGCUGACCCACCCCAUCAGCCCCGAGGUCACCUCCACCAUCGCGUGGAGCGGCGGCCAGCUCCUCGGCGGCAUCUUUAUCGUCAUCUCGGGCGCCCUCAAGGCCGGCUCCGGCGCCGCCCCCCCGUACGACAUGCACAAGGCACUGGUGUUCACCGCCGUCGUCGCCAUGGCUGUCCUGCCCCUCCCGCUGUGUCUCGGCUUGUUUGGUCGCGCCGACAAGCUGCGGCUCAGGCGCGUUCGCUCAGACGAGUUGGCAUUAGCCCGGAGCCGGGAAACCGUAUAGAUAGGUUUGAUCGGGGUCGAGGGAUACAUAUACAUCUGGGUGUGGCGGUUCGUUGGUGUCUUGG